AUUUUUUGAGGGUUCCUUGGCUUGGCAGUGUGGAGGCUUCGCUUUCUUUCCUUGAGCAAAGCUAUGGAUCCUUACAAGCACACUCCAUCAAGCGCUUUCAAUUCUUCUUUUUUCACCACAAACUCUGGCACUCCCGUCUGGAACAACAAUUCCUCUUUGACAGUUGGGUCACGAGGGCCUAUUCUGCUGGAAGAUUAUCACUUGAUCGAGAAGCUUGCUCAGUUUGACAGGGAACGCAUUCCCGAGCGCGUCGUCCAUGCGCGUGGAGCAAGUGCAAAGGGUUACUUUGAAGUCACCCACGACAUCUCAAACCUCACCUGCGCGGAUUUCCUGCGUGCACCUGGAGUCCAGACACCGCUGAUUGUGAGGUUCUCCACCGUCAUUCACGAACGUGGAAGCCCCGAGACACUCCGUGAUCCCAGAGGCUUUGCCGUCAAGUUCUACACGCGGGAGGGAAACUUCGAUCUGGUUGGAAACAACAUUCCCGUGUUCUUCGUACGUGAUGGCAUCAAGUUCCCUGACAUGAUCCACGCUCUCAAGCCAAACCCAAAGACGCAUGUUCAAGAGCCUUGGCGCAUUAUGGACCACUUCUCGCAUCAUCCGGAGAGCUGUCACAUGUUUACUUUUCUCUUCGACGACCACGGAAUUCCUCUCAAUUACCGUCACAUGGAAGGCUUCGGGGUACACACGUUCACUCUGGUCAAUCGCGCCGGCAAGUGUACGUAUGUCAAGUUCCACUGGAAGCCAACUUGCGGACUAAAGUAUCUGAGCAAGCAAGAGGCUGUGGUCGUCGGCGGCUCUAAUCACAGCCAUGCGACCAAGGAUCUCUACGACUCCAUCGCGGCCGGGAACUAUCCAGAGUGGAAGCUGUUCAUUCAGACUAUGAACCCCUCCAACGAGGAGAUGUUCGACUUUGAUCCGCUCGACGUUACGAAGACUUGGCCGGAGGAAAUGUUCCCGCUCCAACCGGUUGGCCGCAUGGUGCUCAACAAAAACAUUGACAACUUCUUCGCUGAGAACGAGCAGCUUGCAUUUUGUCCGGCGCUCAUCGUCCCUGGCGUCUACUAUACCGACGACAAGAUGCUCCAGACUAGAAUCUUCUCAUACGCCGACACGCAGCGGCACCGACUUGGACCGAACUAUCUCAUGCUGCCUGCAAAUGCACCCAAGUGCGCACAUCACAAUAAUCAUCACGAAGGCUUUAUGAACUUCAUGCACAGGGAUGAGGAGGUGAACUAUUUUCCAUCACGAUUCGACGCAGUUCGCCACGCCGAGCAAGUCCCGAUUCCCUCACGUCCUGUGAGUGGCCGCCGAGAAAAGGUGAUGCUGGAAAAGGAGAACAAUUUCGCACAACCUGGCGUGAGGUACAGAUCAUGGCCAGCUGACAGGCAAGAGAGGUUCAUUGAGAAUUGGGUGGACGCUCUAUCCGAUUCACGCGUUACUCAUGAAAUACGCAGCGUGUGGAUUUCGUAUUGGUCCCAGUGCGAUAAGUCCCUCGGCCAGCGAAUCGCGGCUCAACUUCAGUCCAAAUCCAACAUGUGAUUCAGCCUGGGUUGGAGGUUUGUGGCUUUUGUUUCCAGUUUUUCUUUCCUUUUCGUGCAAGUAGCUCGCGCUGUUGUCUCUUGUGAUAUGAUAUAUCUUUAAUCUUUGCUAGCUUUUUUUCCAAAAGGCUUCCAAGUCAAGGCGAUUGAAUUGAGCCCCAGCAGCCUGCCAGAAGAGAGAACGCAAAGUAUAUUUAAGAGUGUGAAAGCUUUGAACGUUUUCUUCCUUUUUUUCCUUCUUGGUCAGGGACUGAUGAGCCACCUUUCUUUGUGGAAUCAAAUCAGAUGUUGAUUCCUGUGUGCCGGAAAGAUGUGUUGCAACAAAUCUAAAGAAAAGGAAAAAAAUGUUUGUGAA